CACGCCAGCACUGGGACCAUGCACCCCCUGCGCGGCGGCCUGCUGAACUCCACCUCCGACUCGGACCUCGUGCGCUACCGCACCAUUAGCAAGAUCCCCCAGAUCACCCUCAACUUCGUGGACCUCAAGGGGGACCCGUUCUUGGCCUCACCCACCAGUGACCGGGAGAUCAUCGCGCCCAAGAUCAAGGAGCGGACCCACAAUGUCACCGAGAAGGUCACCCAGGUCCUGUCCCUGGGUGCCGACGUGCUGCCCGAGUACAAGCUGCAGGCGCCCCGCAUCCACCGCUGGACCAUCCUGCACUACAGCCCCUUCAAGGCCGUGUGGGACUGGCUCAUCCUGCUUCUGGUCAUCUACACCGCCGUCUUCACCCCCUACUCCGCUGCCUUCCUGCUGAAAGAGACCGAAGAGGGCUCCCAGGACCCGGACUGCGGCUACGCUUGCCAGCCGCUGGCCGUGGUGGACCUCAUCGUGGACAUCAUGUUCAUCGUGGACAUCCUCAUCAACUUCCGCACCACCUACGUCAACGCCAACGAGGAGGUGGUCAGCCACCCUGGCCGCAUCGCCGUCCACUACUUCAAGGGGUGGUUCCUCAUCGACAUGGUGGCCGCCAUUCCCUUUGACCUGCUCAUCUUUGGCUCUGGCUCGGAGGAGCUGAUCGGGCUGCUGAAGACGGCCAGGCUGCUGCGGCUGGUGCGCGUGGCGCGCAAGCUGGACCGCUACUCGGAGUACGGGGCGGCCGUGCUCUUCCUGCUCAUGUGCACCUUCGCGCUCAUCGCGCACUGGCUGGCCUGCAUCUGGUACGCCAUCGGCAACAUGGAGCAGCCGCACACGGACUCGCGCAUCGGCUGGCUGCACAACCUGGGCGACCAGAUCGGCAAGCCCUACAACAGCAGCGGCCUGGGCGGCCCCUCCAUCAAGGACAAGUACGUCACGGCGCUCUACUUCACCUUCAGCAGCCUCACCAGCGUGGGCUUCGGCAACGUCUCCCCCAACACCAACUCCGAGAAGAUCUUCUCCAUCUGCGUCAUGCUCAUUGGCUCCCUCAUGUAUGCCAGCAUCUUCGGCAACGUGUCCGCCAUCAUCCAGCGGCUCUACUCGGGCACGGCCCGCUACCACACACAGAUGCUCCGGGUGCGGGAGUUCAUCCGCUUCCACCAGAUCCCCAACCCGCUGCGCCAGCGCCUGGAGGAGUACUUCCAGCACGCCUGGUCCUACACCAACGGCAUCGACAUGAACGCGGUGCUGAAGGGCUUCCCCGAGUGCCUGCAGGCCGACAUCUGCCUCCACCUGAACCGCUCCCUGCUGCAGCACUGCAAGCCCUUCCGAGGGGCCACCAAGGGCUGCCUUCGGGCCCUGGCCAUGAAGUUCAAGACCACGCACGCGCCGCCGGGGGACACGCUGGUGCACGCCGGGGACCUGCUCACCGCCCUCUACUUCAUCUCCAGGGGCUCCAUCGAGAUCCUUCGGGGCGACGUCGUGGUGGCCAUCUUGGGGAAGAAUGACAUCUUUGGAGAGCCUCUGAACCUGUACGCUCGGCCCGGCAAGUCCAACGGGGACGUGAGGGCCCUCACCUACUGUGACCUGCACAAGAUCCACCGCGACGACCUGCUGGAGGUGCUGGACAUGUACCCCGAGUUCUCAGACCACUUCUGGUCCAGCCUGGAGAUCACGUUCAACCUUCGCGACACCAACAUGAUCCCCGGCUCCCCCGGCAGCGCGGAGCUGGAGGGCGGCUUCAGCCGGCAGCGCAAGCGCAAGCUGUCCUUCCGCCGGCGCACAGACAAGGACCCGGAGCAGCCUGGGGAGGUGUCGGCCUUGGGAUCGGGCCGGGCGGGGGCAGGGCCCAGUAGCCGGGGCCGGCCGGGGGGGCCGUGGGGGGAGAGCCCGUCCAGUGGCCCCUCCAGCCCCGAGAGCAGUGAGGACGAGGGCCCCGGCCGCGGCUCCAGCCCCCUCCGCCUGGUGCCCUUCUCCAGCCUCAGGCCCCCCGCGGAGCUGCCCGUUGGGGAGCCCCUGACUGAGGACUGUGACAAGAGCAGCGACACCUGUAACCCCCUGUCAGGAGCCUUCUCUGGGGUGUCCAACAUCUUCAGCUUUUGGGGGGACAGUCGGGGCCACCAGUACCAGGAGCUGCCUCGCUGCCCCGCCCCCGCCCCCGCCCCCAGCCUCCUGAACAUCCCCCUGUCCAGCCCCAGCCGGCGGCCGCGGGGAGACGUGGAGGGCAGGCUGGAUGCGCUCCAGCGUCAGCUCGACAGGCUGGAAACGCGGCUGAGUGCAGACAUGGCCACUGUCCUGCAGCUGCUACAGAGGCAAAUGACGCUCGUUCCCCCCGCCUACAGCGCCGUGACCACGCCCGGCCCGGGCCCUGCUUCCGCCUCCCCGCUGCUGCCCGUCGGCGCCCUCCCCCCCCUCCCCCUGGACUCGCUCUCUCAGGUUUCCCAGUUCAUGGCGUUGGAGGAGCUGCCCCCGGGGGCCCCCCAAGAUGGCCCCACUCGACGCCUCUCCCUGCCGGGCCAGCUGGGGGCCCUCACCUCCCAACCCCUGCACAGACACGGCUCGGACCCGGGCAGUUAGUGGCAC